AUGGCCGCGGCGCUACGCGCCGGGCGCCGCUUCUUGCCGGGCUCGCUGCGCUCCGCCAUGCAGCCGGCGGCGGCUCCUGCGGCCCGAGCCGCGGCGGGGGACAGCGGCUGGCUGGGCUCGCUGCGCUUCGACAACCUGGCGCUGCGCUCGCUGCCCGUGGACCCGAGCGAGGAGCCGGCGCCGCGGCCCGUGCCCGGCGCCUGCUUCUGCCGCGCGCGGCCCAGCCCGCUGCUCAACCCGCGCCUCGUGGCCUGGUCGCCGCCGGCCCUGGCGCUGCUGGGGCUGGAGGCGGCGGCGCCCGGCGAGCGGCCGGCGCGCGAGGCCGAGGCCGCGCUCUACUUCAGCGGCAACCGGCUGCUGCCGGGCUCCGAGCCCGCCGCGCACUGCUACUGCGGCCACCAGUUCGGCAGCUUCGCGGGCCAGCUGGGCGACGGCGCCGCCAUGUACCUGGGCGAGGUGCUGGGCCCAGACGGCGAGCGCUGGGAGCUGCAGCUCAAGGGCGCCGGCCUCACGCCCUUCUCCCGACAAGCUGAUGGUCGGAAAGUGCUGCGGUCAAGUAUCCGAGAAUUCCUGUGCAGUGAGGCGAUGUUUCACCUGGGAAUACCGACAACGAGAGCUGGAACAUGCGUGACGUCUGACUCGAAAGUUGUUCGUGACAUAUUUUAUGAUGGAAAUCCAAAAAACGAAAGGUGUACAGUUGUCUUGAGAAUAGCUUCGACUUUUUUAAGGUUUGGAUCUUUUGAAAUUUUUAAGCCGACAGAUGAGUAUACAGGGCGCAAAGGUCCUAGUGUUGACCGGAAUGAUAUUCGAAUACAAAUGCUCGAUUAUGUGAUCGGCACUUUCUACCCGGAAAUCCAGGAAGCUUAUUCUGACAACAGCAUUCAGAGAAAUGCUGCCUUCUUUAAAGAGAUAACCAAACGGACUGCAAGACUGGUUGCAGAGUGGCAGUGCGUUGGCUUUUGCCACGGAGUGCUGAACACAGACAACAUGAGCAUAGUUGGACUUACAAUUGACUAUGGCCCCUUUGGAUUUAUGGACAGAUAUGACCCUGAACACAUUUGCAAUGGCUCUGAUAAUACAGGACGCUAUGCUUACAACAAGCAGCCAGAAAUUUGCAAGUGGAAUCUAGGAAAGCUCGCGGAAGCUUUAGUUCCAGAGCUGCCUCUGGAAAUCAGUGAGCUCAUCUUGGAAGAGGAGUAUGAUGCAGAAUUUGAGAAACACUAUUUGCAGAAGAUGAGGAAGAAGCUAGGAUUGAUUCAGCUGGAAUUAGAAGAUGAUAAGAAGCUGGUGUCUGAACUUCUUGAAACUAUGCAUCUCACAGGUGGAGACUUCACAAAUAUUUUCUUCUUGCUGAGUUCAUUCUCAGUAGAUUCUGAUACUUCCAGACUAGAAGAUUUCUUAGAGAAGCUAGUGGGUCAGUGUGCUUCCUUGGAGGAACUCAAAGUUGCUUUCAAACCCCAAAUGGAUCCAAGACAGCUGUCAAUGAUGCUGAUGCUGGCUCAGUCCAACCCUCAGCUUUUUGCAUUAAUUGGAACAAAAGCUAAUAUCAAUAAAGAAUUAGAGCGUAUUGAGCAGUUCUCCAAGCUGCAGCAGCUCACAGCAGCUGAUAUAGUCAGUAGGAAUCAAAGACAUUGGAAAGAAUGGCUGGAGAAAUACAGAGUCCGUUUACAGAAAGAAGUAGAAAACGCUGGCAGUGCCGAUGUCUGGAAUACAGAUCGUGUGAAAGUUAUGAAUUCAAAUAAUCCAAAAUACAUCUUGAGAAACUAUAUCGCUCAGAAUGCAAUAGAAGCAGCUGAAAACGGGGAUUUCUCAGAGGUAAGAAAUGUAUUGAAACUUCUAGAGAAUCCCUUCCAAGGAAUAGAAAGUGCCAGGGAGGCAGAGGAAGAAGCAGAGGAGGGCACAACUGCUGGGGCCUGUGCUCAGGAGGCCACAAGCAGAGCGUCCUACUGCAGCAAACCUCCCCUGUGGGCCGCAGAGCUCUGCGUUACGUGAUCUUCCUAACUGCCUUGUCCUGUCCUUCGCUGUAAGCUGAAGACUGUCAUCCUUCUGCAGCAGUGAAGCAUUGAGCAAGGCAACCGUGAAAGUGCUGUGAAGCUGGAGAGAACAGCCCUGCGUUGGGGUGUUUGUGCAACAGCUGGUGCAGUGGUGGAUCAUGAGCUUAACCAGACCAGUGACAGGCCAUGCCCACCAUUGAUCUAAAUGCUUAGACACUGACAGACUUGCCGGGUUCAUUUUGCACCUAGAGGAGAAAGCAAUAUUUUAUGCUGAAGCACAAAGAACUUGAACUAUCCCGAGGAGUUGUUCUUACAUGAAGACAAAAAGAGCAAGUCAGGAAUCUGAUCUGUUUUUGUCUGAUGUCCUAACAGUACUUUCCAGUUUUAUUUGCUGCUUUUCUUUCUGUGCAGGGACUUCUCAUUCUCUUUUAAUGGAGGAAUAGGCUCAAUGUUGCUUAUUUGAAGCUAUGUUUCAUGUAAUUACGUCGUUCAUUUCUUGUGAACCUUCAGAAUGACAUUUGAUUGUUAUUUUUAGAGAAUUGGUGCAGGCUGGGGCUUGCAGGGGGAGCAGUCAAAUCUUGUUCUUUGUGAUACACAAAGAGAGCAGAAUUAAGGGAGAGUAUUUAUUUAUACUUGGAAAUCCUGGUGGAAAAGUUUAUUCAGGUUCAGUAUGUAUGCAUACAAUAUACACAUGUAUAAAUACUUAAGUAAGAGUCACCUCUCUUAAGUAAGACUUAAGUAAGAGGCCAUGGCUGCAGUUCAUGAGCUGGUUGAUUCCGUCAACC